AUGACCACGCUUGCUGUUGGUGUCCAUAUUGUAGCAUGCUUGCAUCUUCUGCUCACUCCCGCAGUCGGCGUCCAGAAGUAUGACAGUGCUUUCGAGAAGCUGAUCAAGGAAAAAUCAGACAGAAUCCAUGAGAAGCUAACCAAGGAAAAGUUCGACAGCGUCCACGAGAAGCUGACCAAGGAGAAGUUCGACAGCGUCCACGAGAAGCUGGUCAAGGAGAAGUACGACAGGAGGGAGGGCAGGACGACCCGGUUGACGAGGGAAGGGGCGCUCGAGCAGAGUGCGGACAAGACCGACCUGGGCAAGGUGAACCGGGCGGGCGUCAUCCACUACAAGCGUGCAGCCUUCAAGAAGACCAAGCGGGAGGACGGGAAGCUCUUCUGGCCCGACUCUGGCAACCGCGAGGGGCAGCUCUACUCUGGCGCGGCGGACUUCACGGAGAAUCUCUCGUGGGGGUGGCAUCACCCGAGCGGGGUCUACAACACCAUCCCGGUUGGUAGCCCUCUCAUCGACGACGAGCGGAACAUCUACCUCGGUGCCGACGACGCUAUCCGGAAGUUCGACGUCACCGGCAUCCUCAAGUGGAGCUACGCCCCCCGAGGUCAGCUCGCAGCGGCGCCCACCCUGUGCGUUGCCAGUAGCAGGCGCCAAGCGGCCCCUGAGAAUGACGACGAGAUGGAGGAGGACGAGCUGCGGCCGGACUGGGCCAAGGGCAGCGAACCGACGGACAAUUCCCAGUUCUUCAGGGAGUUCAGGGUCGGCGACCUCGUCAAGGUAAAGCCAGGAUCGAGCUACCGAGCGGACGGCCAGCAGCUGUACAAGGCAGGUGACCAGGGGCUGAUCUCCGGCAUCGUCGAGGGCGAUGGGGACCGGGACAAGGCCGUCAUCCAGUGGACGCGCACCGGGCACAAGACCGUUGUGCAGCUGCGCGCCUUUCACAAUCGGUUCGUCCGGGUGGCGCCGAAGCAGGCCACCGUGACGCCUGCCAUGCUGGUAGGGAGCACCACAGCUGGUUACGUGUUCGCGCUCGACCUCGCAACCGGAGAUGAGCUGUGGGCAACCUGGGCCUCAAACGAGAUCUCUGGCGUCAAGGGGGCUGUGGCCUGUAAGGGUGGAAUCGUUGUGGUCGCAACCGACCGCUGCACUGACCGGUACUGCUACAGGUACCGCAACCAGACCAAUGUGUUCACGCCCGGCAACCUGGUCGUGCGGGGUCUGAGUGCAGUUGACGGCAGUGCUGUCUGGGCGUACAAGACCAUGUCGCCCGUGUGGAACAUGGUCCCACUGUGGGGCCCGGAUAACACCGUGCUGUUCCAGGACUGGGAGGGCAGGGUGUAUUCCUUGGACUACCUGACCGGCGAGCCCCACUUCAGGGUCGGGGGCGACAUCGGGACGCACACCAAUGCGGCCGCCGUGUACGAUCCUGUCUACAACAUGGUGUUCGCCCUCGGCAUGGUGCACUACAACGUGAUGAACUACCACAUGGCCGACGCCCUCGGCGUGCCGACGGGCAAGUACUGCAACCCGUAUCCGGCACCCGGCAUACUCAUCAACUGCUGGACGUGGCCAGGUGGAAGGGGCUUUGUCCGCGGCUACAACGCCACCUCUGGCAGGUUGAUCUGGGAGCAGCUGACGCCAGAGCCGCCAGCCAGCGGCACCACUGGCAUGCUCAACGGCCACGGUGCCGUCGGCGUCGGCACGCACUCCCGCCUGGUGGUCACCAUGGGCUUCAACUGCUGGACCAACUCCCCCUCCCAGAUCUGGGCCCUGGACCCGAACAACGGCGACAUCAGGUGGAUGCGGGACGGCCCGACGCUGUGGACCAACUUCUGCGCUGGAGACAAGGAGGGCGCCGACAUCCGCCGGGCCAUGGGUGGCCGUGCCGCGUGCACGCCGAACAGCUGGUCCGCACCAGCGAUCGAUGCGGCCGGCGACGUGUACGUUGGCAGUCAGGUCGGCGUGCUGUCGCGGUACGGCGCGCCCAAUGGAGGGGGGUCCAGGGACGUCCAGGUUCUCUCGACCCUGACAACUGGCGUGGCCUUCCAGGAUGCGGCCAUCGCAAUUGCUGAUGGUCUCAUGGCCGUGUCCACGUGCACUUCUCUGAUUGUCUUCCAGACCUACGCAGAUCAGUUCCCGAACGGGACCUGGUCGAUUUCGCACGGUGACUACACGCCGAGCCACGGAAUGGUCCAUGGCGACGACGUGAGCCACGAGAUCAGUGAGACUGCGCACGACCAUCCCCUGGCGGGUGGGCCGCCAGGACAGUGGGGACAAUGA